GUUGGAGAGUCAGUUGGCGUCUUGGUAGACGACAGGGUGCAUCUCACCUCUCGCUGUUUCAAUAACGUCAAAGUUUAAAGUUACACUGUCAUUUGUCAGCAGUAAAAUUAUGGCACGCAAAUACCUGACACUGUUCUGUGCCCUCCUGGUUGUCAGCUUGACGAUGGCAACGCGUGUGGAGAGGAGAUGUGUCGAGGGCAGGAGUUACUUCGAUGGUUGCAAUAACUGCUUCUGUAGCAACGGAAACGUGGCAUGCACACUGAUGGCAUGUCAAAGUGAGGACCCCAAAACCGGGGAAAUGCGCGACAUCAUUCCUUUACAGCCUCCGGAGGACUUCUGGCAGCCCAUAACCAACAUCGAUCCACCACGCAUUUAAUUACUCCAUAAAUAAUAUUAUCAGACAGCAUAUAUUAGAUUAUCGAAUCAAUUAAAUCACAUUUCAUGUACAAAUAAUUCGAUUGCCCGCGGUAUUAAAUUAAUGGGAAAUAACAUAAUCCAUCACAAUGCAUGUCAAUAAAAUUUUGACCAAAAUGUUUAAAAAAACAUGACAUAUCGUUCUGUCAAUUAUCGCGAAAUAUUAUGUGACGCGAUGAUUCACGAUGUUUUUGAAUAAAACUUUUUCACCCAGAAA